AUGAAUUCCAUUCAUAUCCUCCUCUCUCUGUUAUUCGUCCACAUAGCAACAGCCCAAUCCGGGCACGGCAUUGACAACUCUCAUGGCCAUUCACUCAACAAGCGCGGUGCAUUUGCGCCAGGUGGUGAUGGUGUCUGCUACACCUACACCAUUCAGCGGGGCGAUACCUGCACAAAGCUUGCUGAGCGUUACAAGGUUACUACCGACAAUAUCGAAACCUGGAAUUCGGAUCCUGGGACUGGUCAGGUUGUGCGAAUGCGAAGCAAGGCUAUUUCGUGGGUCUGGUGCCCUUCCUAUGCCGGUUGCUCUCCCACAAGCUACCUGUGGUCCCCAAGUUCCCGGGACAAGACACACCCUGGCAACUAUGCUGAUCUGGCCUCCCUAAACCCGUGCCCCAAAGGUCAAUGCGCGACUACUUCGAAAGCGACUACUCCAAAAACGACUGCUACUUCAAAGACUACUAAGAAAGCGGACAUCGUAACCUUGACUAGCAUAAGAAUGGUCUCACCGCCAAGCAAAACUACGACGAGUACCACUCGCACUCCAACUUGGCAAAUGACAAUCUAUGAGGAUGAGAAUUGCAAGGGUGAUUACUUCUCUGUUCAGGGACACGAAGACCAGAAUAUUGGGAAUUGCAUUAUUCUCGCAGAGCAUACCGCCACUAAAGUCUCGGAUACAACCACGUCCUGUCGAUGGUGGUCUGACGGUGGUCUCAACUGGGACACCUGUGCCUCCAGUAAAGUCAGAAGUCCCAAGUCAUUUUUUAUCACAUCGGGCAGGUGUUAUGUCUACUCAGGCAAGAAAUGUAGGGAUGAGGACUGGAUAGGAGAGACCUAUGGGGCUUUUAAGGGCCGUCAGGAUCAUAAGACUGGAUACUUGUCUCUCGAGGUAAGCCCUGGGGUGCAUUGCAGUGCUUUGAGUACAUAUUGGACAAGGUUCAUUGAUCUCAUCUUGGUUGGUUAG